AUGGAUGGCUGGUUCGUUUCGUUUGACAGAUGAUAUAGAAUAAAUUGAUAGGAAAAUACUUAUUAAUAAUUGUUACAAUUGAUAUUUUUUUGUGGAGCAGUUAUUUAUGUUUGUUAUUAAAAUAUUGGAACAAUAUUAUAAUAACUGAUGAAUGAGUUCUCAUGUAUUCAAUUUUAGCUUAUUUGUGUUGUUUGUGGCGAGAAGUUAUUCGUAUUGAAAAUCAUUAAUUUCUAUGAACUCAAAAAGCAAAACUGACGAAGCUUCAAGGGGGAACGAAGCGUCAUCGUCAAAGAGUAUUCCAACCCCAAACAAUUCGGAAGAUCAGCCUGCAUCGAGUUUAUGUGGUACUACAGGAUCGAACAAUACCGAGGACAUUAUGAAGCGAGCCGCUGCUAAGCAGUUAAUUGAGAGAUAUUUCUACCAGUUGCUAGAUGGUUGUGGAAAUCCCGAUUGUGAUAAUCAAUAUUGUGCAUCAAGUGGGGAGGCAAGGAAUUUGACUCCUAAUGAAGCAGCAGCGGAGGCCAUAAAACUGUUCUACAAAGAGGCACGCUUGUGUGACUCACUACCAAAUAAAGUACCUCGCACUGAAGCCAGCACUUGUGACUCUAGUGCCAGCACAACAUGUAUGGUAUCAAAUACAGAAGACAAAGUAGAUAACAAAGAUUGUAAGAUUGGAACUCCUUCAUCAAGCACAACAUCACAACAAGAGACCCCUACAAAUGAGGCAAAACCAGAAACUAGUCAUAAAAUAUCUCAACAAGAGGAAUACAAAAUAUUUAGUCAUAAUAAUGGUGCACCACUGACUGAGGAGCGUAUAUGCCAACUUUGUGAUGAGUGCCUUGAAACGUCGAAGCCGCAGCCCCUUGUGAGGGCCUUAGGGGAAGCGUUCACACAACCUGUAAUACUAGCUAGGUGUUUCCAGAGUAAAAUUUCGGAAAAUGUUAGUAGUAAUGAUGAUGGCGGGAAAAAUACAGAUAAAGAAUCAAAAGCAAUGUGUUCAUCUAGUGACCCGGACAAAGAUGUAGAUAGCGUUGUAGGACCUGGCUUAGAUGUCGCAUCGUGUCGCAGAGCGUUUCAGUACCUAACUAAAGUGCCAUCAGAUUACUACAGUUCAGCUUUGGUGACGGCAUUAAUAACGCUUGCCGAAAAUCUAGAAAUAGAUCUAAGGAUAACAAAGAAGAUGAGUAUGGAGGAUGCGGUCAACUGUUUUGUGAUCGCAUUCGAAGUUCCCGAUCUUGGUUGCAGUGAUUACUUGGAGAUCGCUCUGCCAGCGCUCUGCCAUGCAGCUGAGCAUUUGUCAGUCAAAGCGCAAGCGAGGCUGGCACGAAUAUGGGCGCAGCACUGUAAGGAGAGCUUACGGCACAUAUUAGAAACGUUACAACAGUUAAUAACGUUGCGUGUUAUUUCUACUAAUUAUACCAACCAUUUUACGGUGCAGGAUGAUGAGAGCGUCACCAUGGCAACGAAACUAAUGAAAAUAUUAUACUACGCAAAUAUGUUAGCGGGAGUUAUGGAGUCCAAUACGUUGCGCGAAGAGCCCAUAGUGAUAGCAAACCAAUUGGACCCAUUAAGUGAUGUUAUAGAACAUUUGUUCCCGCCCAUGAAGAGCUCGAAACACUCGCAACCUGAUGAUCCUUUAGCUAUUGAAUUAGGUAUAAAUGUAUUAGAUGCUAGAAGACCGUACUUGCCAUUUGAGGAAUUCUACAACGAACCUCUUAGUGAUACUAUAGAAAUGGAAAUAGAUUUUGCGAAUUAUAAAUCUGAAAUAAAUAGUGGUAAGAAGUUCACGUUCCUAAAAUACCCGUUCAUACUGACGACGGCCAGUAAGUCGCUGGGUCUGUACUACGAGAACCGCAUCCGUAUGCAUUCUGAGCGGCGCGUGUCGAUGUUCCACGCCGUGGUGGGCGCGGUGCCUCCGAUGCCGUUCCUGCGAUUGAAGGUCCGCCGCUCGCACAUCAUCGACGAUGCACUCGUUGAGCUAGAAAUGGUUGCAAUGGAACGUGUGUUGGACCUAAAGAAACAGUUAGUGGUCGAAUUCGAAGGCGAACAAGGCGUCGACGAAGGCGGCGUGAGUAAAGAAUUCUUCCAACUUAUUGUGGAGGAGAUAUUCAAUCCAGACUAUGGCAUGUUCACGCAUCAUCAAGAUUCCAAUAAUGUGUGGUUUAACCCCACAUCAUUUGAAACGGAGGCUCAGUUUACACUAAUAGGCAUAGUUCUAGGUCUAGCAAUAUAUAAUAAUAUUAUUCUAGCUGUAGAUUUUCCUAUGGUUGUAUAUAGGAAACUUAUGGGGAAGAAGGGAUCCUUUGAGGACUUAGCAGAUUGGAAUUCAACGUUGUACAGAGGUUUAAAAGAUAUGCUGGAUUACACAGGUGAUGACUUACAAGAAGUAUAUUACCAAACAUUUAGGAUAUGCCAACAAGAUGUCUUUGGUAAUAAUAUAUUCUACGACUUAAAGAAGGAUGGUGAUAGCAUAUUUGUAACUCAAGAAAACAAACGGGAAUUCAUAGAUUUAUAUGCAGACUUCCUACUAAAUAAGUCGGUGGAGACACAGUUUAAAGCGUUCCGGCGCGGUUUUGUUAUGGUCACCGACGAGAGUCCUCUGUCGGCGCUCUUCAGGCCGGAAGAAGUUGAGACUCUUGUUUGUGGCAGUAAGAACUUCGACUUCAAAGAGCUGGAGAAGUCUACGGAGUACGAUGGCGGGUAUACAGCGGACUCGCGCGUAAUCAAACAGUUUUGGAAUAUUGUCCAUGGUCUCCCGCGUGAACACAAGCGCAAGCUGCUCGAAUUCACGACCGGUUCAGACCGAGUGCCCGUCGGCGGGCUCAGUUAUCUCAAGCUGGUAAUCGCCCGCAAUGGUCCCGAUUGCGACCGCCUUCCCACCGCUCAUACCUGCUUUAAUGUACUACUGCUGCCGGAGUAUGACUCCGAGGAGAAGCUACAGGACAGACUCAUGAAGGCGAUCAGCUAUUCUAAGGGCUUCGGCAUGCUCUAAACACUACAGCGGUACCCCCGCAAUUGUAUAAAGCCAUGACAUCCACGGUGUCUUUGUAACAUUAAUAAAAGUUUGUUCUAUUUAUAC